AUGCAUAAUAAUCCAACUGAUCAAGGUUUUGCAGAUGCAAAGUUGAUUGCAAUUCAGGAUUAUAAGGAGAAACAUAAAGCUUAUUUGGCUUUCCUCAGUCAGAAAGCAAAAUUGUCUUGGCUUAAAGAUGGGGAUGAGAAUACUUCCCUUUUUCACCAAAGUAUCAAGAUCAGGAAGGUGCAUAACCAAGUUUAUAGCAUCUAUGAUAUGAAAGGAGAAUGGAAAGAUACAGCUGAUGGGGUGUCCCAAGCUUUCUUGGAUUAUUAUAAAGUGCUACUAGCAGAUGAAGUUAAGAAGGCUAUUUUCUCUAUUCCAGGUAUUAAAGCUCCUGGUCCAGAUGGCUUUGGUUCUUAUUUUUAUAAAGAUGCUUGGCAUAUUGUUGGGGAUGAAGUCAUUGCAGCCAUUCUUGAUAUGUUACAGCAAGGAAAAAUCUUGAAGGAGGUGAACCACACUGUGAUUACUCUCAUCCCUAAGACUAAAUGUCCAAAAGAUGUGAGUGAGUUCAGGCCAGUCUCUUGCUGCAACACCAUCUAUAAGUGCAUAACAAAAGUCUUGUGUGGGAGAUUAAGACAAGUUCUUCCUGAUCUCAUUUUGGAGAAUCAAGGAGGCUUUGCUCAUGGGAGAUACAUAGUUCAUAAUAUUAUGGUUGUUCAAGAUUUAGUCAGGCAUUAUGGGAGGAAAGGGGUUAAGCCUAGUUGUCUUAUGAAGAUUGAUCUUCAAAAAGCCUAUGAUACUAUUGAUUGGCAUUUCUUACAGGAGAUGUUGGAAUUGUUGGAUUUCCCUAAGCAAUUUGUUGAUAUGGUUAUGCAAUGUGUGUCUACUCCCAUGUUUUCUCUGAUGCUGAAUGGUUCUAUGCAUGGCUUCUUUAAAUCCAAGAGAGGUUUGAGGCAAGGAGACCCUAUCUCUCCUCUGUUGUUUGUCAUUUGCAUGGAAUAUUUGUCUAGAAUUCUGAAUAGAGUGAGGUCUAUGCCUCAGUUUCAAUUUCAUCCAAGGUGUAAGGGGAUUGGUCUUACUCACUUAUGUUUUGCUGAUGAUCUGAUUAUCUGUAGCAAGGGAGAUUAUCAGUCUAUUUACUUGUUGCUUCAAGCUUUCAAAUUGUUUUCUAAUUCUUCUGGCUUAAAGGCAAAUCAACAAAAAUCUUCUAUCUACUGUCAUGGUAUGCAGGAAUCUGAUAUUCAGAGGGUAGUGGAUGUUUCUGGAUUUUCUAGAAGUAUGCUGCCUUUUAAAUACUUGGGUGUUCCUAUAUGCUCUAAGAAGAUUUUUGUGGCUCAGUGUGCUCAUCUGGUGGAUAAGAUGAUAACCAGGAUCAAAGUUUGGAGUUCUAGGAACUUAUCCUAUACAGCAAGAAUGCAGCUUGUUAACUCAAUAUUGCUAAGUUUGCAUAUGUAUUGGGCUCAAAUAUAUGUGCUUCCAAAAAGUGUUCUACAGGAUAUAGUGAAGAUCUGCAGAGCCUUCCUAUGGAGUGGUCAUGCUUUCAGUCAUAAACCAAGCAAUAUAGCUUGGGAUAAGGUCUGUAGUGACAACCAAACUGGAGGUCUGGGGUUUAGAGAUGUUCAGACUUGGAACAUAGCCUUUAUGGGAAAAUAUGUAUGGGCUUUAGUCAAGAAGCAGGAUAAUGUGUGGAUUAGGUGGAUCAAUUCAGUCUACUUAAAGGAUGGGGAUUGGUGGGAGUAUCAGCCUGUCUCUACUGCUAGCUGGUACUGGAAACAAGUUUGUAAUACAAAGGAGAAACUAAAACAGUUUUUUACUCUUGCAGAGUUUGAAAACAUGCCUCAGUAUUCAGUGAAACAAGUGUAUGAGAAACUUGUAGGGAAUAAGCCAAGGGUGCAUUGGGAUAAAAUGGUGUGGAAUAGGCUGAAUGUUCCUAAGCAUAGAUUCAUCUGCUGGUUAGCUGUUCAAUCCAAACUUCAGACUACGGAAAAGCUAACAAAGAUAGGCAUUAGUCAAUCUGCUAGUUGUUUGAUUUGUGGACUGGAUGAUGAGACUCAUCAGCAUUUAUUCUUCCAGUGCCAGUAUAGUAGGCAAAUUAUUAUAGCAGUUCACCAGUGGAUUGGCUUCUCUAUUCAUGGAAAUUUGGUUCAGUUACUCAGGAAAGCUGGACAAAGUAGAGCUUCAAGGUUCAGGAAGCAGGUUUAUUUUGCAGUUGUUGGUGCUGCUGUCUAUCUGAUCUGGAAAUGUAGAAACACUAGCUUUUGGGAGAGUACCAUUCCCACUGUCAGUCAGAGUAUGAAGGCUUUGAAGCAAAUGGUUAAGAGCAGAAUUCAGGUAGUUUUGCCAAAACAUGUAAGCAAGAGGGAUAGUGACUGGUUCACAAAAUUGUAA